CGCAGCCAAAGUGCGUAGGUACUAGGUACGAUGUACCUACAUUCACGCGAGCGUUUAUGCCCACUCGCAAACGGAUUGUCUUAAUAGAGAGCGAGACUCGAGCAUGAUCAGCUGAUCGCUAUUCGGUCGCUCACGUCGCGGUACAAUUGUCACCUACAAUCACUGAUCGAACUUAAAAAAACAAUGAGUGUGGAUACCGGCGCCACGUUGCGUAUCUCGCGUGUACUUCUCACCGGACCCCCUGGUAUAGGCAAAACUACGAUAUGCAAACAGCUAACUAAAAUGAUAGAGGAGAAAAGUUAUAAGCUUGAUGGUUUUUAUACGGAAGAAGUUCAAGGGCCAAACGGUAGAAGGAUUGGGUUUGACGUUGUACUUGUGAACAAUUCUGAGAAAAAAUCGAUAUUAGCAAGAGCCGAAAAUGCGAUAAACGAGUGGCAACGAUCUAAAUAUAAAGUGGGAAACUACCAUGUAUUUCUUAAUGAUUUUGAAACGAUGGCAUUACCAGUCUUUGAUUCAAACGCAGAUAUACUUAUUAUCGAUGAAAUAGGCAAAAUGGAAUUAUUUAGCCCGAAGUUUCAUGAUAAAAUACUGAAAUUAUUCUCUGAAACUUCGAACAAACCUUUUAUAAUUGCAACAAUACCUCUAAUGCAUAAAAUUCCACAGAGACAUUUGCCUCUAUUUCAAAACCUCCACGCAGAUGAGAAAUCUAAAGUUAUAACCGUAAAUCGCCAAAAUCGAGAUACUUUACCGCAAGAAAUUUGUCAUCUUAUUUCAUAAGGU